AAAUAUAUAAAAAAUAUGAAUUGGCUUACAUUUCUUUUACUUUUUACUACCAUAAAACAAGUCUUCUCAGUUUGGUAACUUGUUUAUAAAGAAUUUUAAGACCCAUUUGAAGCCUAUAACAUUUUGAACUGGAAUAAAUAAAUUGUUCGUGCAUGUACUCCCACAUUGAGUCAAAAUGGAAUAGAUAUUUUUGCUACUAACUCUUUUGGUGUCUUAGGAAACAGCGCAGCAGGUUAAUCAACAAAUAGAAUAGUCGCAUAAUUUCCUCCUCAUUUUUAAUUGGAGGUUGAUAUGGAUAUAAUGGUGCUUGGCACUGCUUGGGUAGGAGACAAUAUUAAUAUUUAGCUUGGCCCCGAUACAUUAUUUUUCUUCUAAUAUUAUGCUUCAAGCAAUAUUAACAACUUUUGCCCCUCUGCAGCAAAUCCAGCAGGUAAUGCUUUUCUGCAAACAGUAUACAAAAGUCACUCCUUAUAAGGAGAUCUAUAACUUAUAAUUAAUGACUUUUACAAUCCAGCUCACGAUUUAAGUGUGAAAAAUAUUUUUAUUUAUGUCAAUACUUGCCAUUACACUUGUGCUACUUGUAAUGGAGAAUCAAAUACAUCUUGUGUUACAUGCCCUGUUGGUGCUCUUUAAAGUGGAUCAAGUUGCUAGUGUAAUGCUAAUUUGCUUGCUUAUAAUGGUGUAUGCAGAACUACCUGUCCAGCAGGAAAUCUGGCUAACCCAUCAUAAAGACUAUGCAUUCAAACUCCUAGCUAACUUGUCAUGUAUAACAACUUCUUAGCGAAUUCCUUUUAAAAUAUAAUUGUUGAUUGGACUUUUACCCCUACUUAGACUAAUUUUGUAAGUAAUUGUGGUACUUAGUCUUUGGUUGGUGGAUACCAAUUAUUUUAAGUACAAUCUAUGUCUAAAACUGUAAGUAACCUUCCUUCUCACUUUAAUGCAAGACUAGGGGCAUUGAUAGUAUUUAUAGGAGGAUAUGCAAACUACAACAUAGUAAUGAAAAUAGAUGGUUCACAAUAAACAAUCACAUUUUCUGCUGCUGACACUUAUUUAGGGGCUAUUUGUGGCGACCCAGCAAAUACUAAUGGAGUUUAUUCUAAAUACGUUGAAUUUGUUGUUCCUCAUACAGCUUCAACUGUAACAGUAUCAUUUAGUUCUAAUGCUCUCACUAAUCCUGUGCAAGGUUACUGGGGUGUAAGAGAAAUAUUUGUAGAUGUUUCAGGAUGUUUUUUAAAUUGCUAAAGUUGCUAAGAUACUCAAACGUGCACUGCUUGUAAUACAGGCUAUUUUUUAUUGAACAAUUAAUGCUAUAGCAGAUGUCCUCUUUUUACAAAUCAAGUAGGAUCAACUUGUGUGGAAUAAUACUUAAGCUAGUUUAACAAUGGACUCUAUAUUUUACAAUCUUUAUGGUGGUAAAACUAUGGUCAUAAUGAUAUUAAUAAUUGGGGAUAUACAUUUUCUGGUUUCUAUUCAACAAGAAGAUACAAUUUUUGUAGUGGAAGAAAUAUAAUAGGAGGAUGGGGAGUAGGUUCUUCAUAAGUUGCUGGUACUCCACUUAUUAUAGAGAGAAAUUUUCCUUCAUUAAAUCCUCAUUGGAGAUUGAGACUAAUUGCAGAAUUAUUUUUAAUAGACAAUUGGAAUGCUGCAGAUAAUGUUUAGAUAAUAAUAGAUAAUUUACCUGCACCUCUUACAACAAUCUCAUAAACUCCUGCAAAUGCUCCAAAUAAUAUUUGUGGAACCUACUCAUAAAAUGAUGGUUACGUUGUUUAUAAUCAAGUAAUACCACACUCUAUUACUAGUUUAGAUGUUUAAUUUAAAUACACUAUAGCUAGUUCAAAGCUUAGCACAACUGCUUCAUUUGGGCUUGGAGAAGUGGAUAUCAUCAUAGAUUAAUGCCCCACUGGUUGCUUAACUUGUAACAGCGCAACUGCAUGCUAAAGUUGCUUACCAGGAUAUUAUUUCCUCUAAGAUGCAUAGGCUUGUUAUGCUGAUUGCACAAAUAUUCUUCCAAGAUCUAAUUUUAUAAACUAACCUGCUACACCAACAAGCGUAGCUUCUUGUGUAUGUGCUCCAGGUUAUUAUUAUUCAUAACCUGCUAUUGAUUGUAAAGCUUGUAGCUAUUAAUGCACUUAAUGCACUGGUCCUAAUGUUUCAGAUUGCACAGUUUGUGCUAGCAUCAGACAAUAAACUGGACUGUGUAGCUGCCCAAAUAAUUACUUUGAUGUUGCAGGUAAUCCUAUCUGUUAACCUUGUGCUGGGGAUUGCUUAUAAUGUUCUUCUUAAAAUACUUGUAUAACUUGUGUAGGAAAUAAGAAGUUAGUAGGUGGGUUAUGUGUAUGCCCACCAUAAACAUAUAACAAAGGUGUUGGAAUAUUUUGUCCAAACUGUGAUAUAUAUUGUUAAUCUUGCACUGGACCUGGAUAAAAUUGCACUAGUUGUCCUCCUAACUCUAAUAGAGUACCCCCAACACCAGGAAAUACAGGGUGUCUUUGCUAACCUGGAUAUUAUGAUAAUGGAACAGCUAUCUGUUAAUAAUGUAGCCCUUAAUGUGCCACCUGCUCUGGAUCUUCUUCUAACUGUCUAACUUGUAAUGGUAGCAACUUCUUCACUAUGGUAAACAAUUAAUGUGUCUGCAUGCCUGGAUAUUAUAUGGAUUCGAGUGGGGUUUGCUAACCUUGCUAAUAAUAUUGCAAUGUAUGCUCUGGUCCAGGACCAAAUGGAUGUACUUAAUGCUAAGGCUCAAGGACAGGUACAAAUUGUGUAUGUGGAACAAACUAAUAUUCUCUUCCUAAUGAUGUUAAUUGCUACAAUUGUAAUUAUUAUUGUCUUGGAUGUACUCUUUAAGCAUCUAACUGUAUUGCUUGUGACCCAAGUCGCCUCCAAAAUCCUACUUGUUCCUGCCCUAACGGCUAUUAUGAUUAAAAUGGAGUAUCAUAAUGUUAAUAAUGUUAAUUCCCAUGUAGUAAUUGCACAAGUUAAUCUAAUUGUUUAACAUGUGUUGGAGCUUUUAGAACAUUGCCUACAUGCGCAUGCUAACCUGGAUAUUACGAUACUGGAGCUGCUAAUUGUUAGCAAUGUGCCCCUAAAUGUGCUACUUGCUCAACAUCUUCUGUAUAAUGCUUGACCUGUGCUCCAGGAAGAAUAAACUCUGAUUGCUCUUGCCCUCCAGGAUUUUGGGAUAAUGGAUAAAAUCCUGAGUGCUUAAAGUGUUAUAUUAGUUGUAAAACUUGCUCAGGAGGUGCUAUUAACUAAUGUUAAACAUGCAGGACUGGCUUUAUUUAUGAUCCUAUAACAUCUAUGUGUAAUUGCCCAACUGGCUAAUAUAUGGACUCAAAUGGUAAUUGUUCUGGCUGUCACUAUUCAUGCUCUUCAUGUUUAAAUGGAAGUCCUUAAGGGUGUAUAAGCUGUUAAGCAAAUAGAAAUUUAACUUCGUAGGGUACUUGUCCAUGCAUUACUAACUUCUCAGAAAUAAGUUAAAUCUGUGUACAAACAACUUUCCCUCUAAAUGUUCCUUCUAAUUGUAAAGUUUGUGUUGUCAGUAAUGUAUGCUAAGAAUGUAAUGAUAGUUUUGAAUUAGAUGUAGGACUUUGUGUUUGUCCUCGAGGUACAUAUUUAUCUCCUGCUACUAAUAAAUGUGUUUAGUGCCCUUCCUAAUGUAAAACUUGUCUUAGCAACUCAGAGUGCAUAGAUUGUAAUGAUGGAUACUUUUAUAAUUCUUAAAAGCUAAUGUGCCAAUAAGAUAUCACAAACAGUAGUUCAUAUGAUGUUGAAAUGAUUAUUGUUGCUGUUUUAUUUGGUUUGUUCUUUGCUGUAGCUAUUCCUUAUUAUUAUAAUAGAGGAAUAAGUAAAGUGUAAGAGGAAUAUAAAUAAUUGCAUUAAAACACUACAAGAUUUGAUCAAGAAAAAUAAAAUUAAGGAAAUAGAAGAGAUUCUUCUCUUGUUUUAGAAAACAUAAAUUGA